AAAUGUUCAUGUAGGCCCAAAACCAAAAGACUUAAAUGCCAUUAAUGAAUUUUAUUCAUCCUUUAUAAAAAUAAGGGUAUUUUUGAGAAACUAUAAUUUUCAUUAAGUGAAUGAUCCUCUUUUAAUGGUAUUGAUUUUAUGCGAAUAACGUGAUUUGUCUGAUAGAUUAGUGAUCACUUCACCAUUCGCCAUUUCCUUAAGUUUUAUUUUUCUUUCUCCUAAAUCUUUGUUCUUGUGGGACCUCUACAGUUGGAUUUUGGAAAGAUUUACGAAAUCAUGGAACUAAGGAGUUUAAUAAUGCCCACCUUAAGUUAAUUGUGACACGCAAUAUGUUCACGCGUUGUAAAAAACUAACCUAUUUGUCUACGUCGAUGACUCUUCUUCAGGUCAUAUAAUAUGUAGAUAUGGUCCUCUAUACGCUGCUUCAUUGUAAACCUCACGUUUAAAAGAAAUAAAAUUAUAAACUGGUAUAAAUACACACACAUAACUCUUCAUCUACAAUACAAACACAAAGGUAGAAGAAAAUGAAGAGAAAUUUGUGGUUGAUUGCUUUGUUUCUGGUUCUAUCUUCCCUGAUUUCAUCUUAUGCAGUUUCAACUCAAUCAUACCAAAUCCGCAAACUUUUGAUUAUAGGAACACCCCCUAGUAAGUCAAGACCUACCCGCCAAUGUUGUUAGCAAGGCGAAAGCAGCGGGAGAAACAGCAUGAAAGAGGCCGGCUGUGAUUCGUGGUGGUUUAGUGGACCAGUUUACAAAAUUAUUUUAUUUUAUAGUUAAAAAUUAAAAAGACAAUACAAAAAGAUACAUCUAAAUUUCGCUUGAAUAGAUUCCCUAUGAAUACAAUAAUGUCCACCUA